CAUGUGAUCCCCCUUGUGCAAUCGUUCUGGUUAGCCUCAGCUAGCAAAGCUCCCUCAAACCUUUAUUUUCCUUGUUGGAAUAAGUAUAAAAGCAACAGAAAUUUAUGAAAGUUUCAGAUACAAUUGUGCAUUGAUAUCAGUUUAAUAUGGAGCUGUGCAAGAAAGUCAUGUUUAUUGUGUUCCUAUUUGCACUGGCAAUCACUUUGUCACAAGAAACAAGAGCUUUAGGGCUUUAUGGAGAGGAUCUGGAAACUGGCACUAUGGGGUUUAAAGAUGUUACAGAACUACUGCUACAAGAGAUGCGUUGCCGCAGCAUUCAAAACAAACAACAGAGACAAAUCAACCUGCUGGGGAAUCUGGCAAGAAAGUUGCAGAGACAAGUACAAGAUAUCACACAGAAACUGCCUCACUCUGAGGAUGAAGAAAACUUAGAAGAACCUCCCAUUUUUCACAGAUCUGCCAACAAGACCCAUACCAGAAAUAAACGAAAUAUCCGAAGUGGUCCAUUACCCAGUGGCAUUGCCAGUGGUGCCACCUAUACAAGAUGGGGAAGAAAGACAUGUCCACCAGGAGCAGAGUUAGUGUAUGAUGGUGUGAUAGGUGGAUCUCUUUACACUCACAACGGUGGAGGUAGUGAUCUGCAGUGUCUUCCCCACAACCCGCAGUGGGGAACUUAUAAAGAUGGCUUUCAGUCAAGUGCCUUCAUGUAUGGAGCAGAACUGGAGAUUCAAGCCAAUGACCCAUUCAAUAAAGUCAACACUGGGAGGAUCAGAACUCUUCAGGAUGAGACCCCAGUAUGUGCUGUGUGCCGGUCCAUUAAUCGGUCCAGUCAAGUCAUGAUCCCAGCGAGAAGAGAAUGCCCAGAAAGCUGGACUCAGGAGUAUAAUGGCUACCUUAUGUCGUCACAUCAUGGACACAAAAGAUCUCAAUUUGUGUGCAUCGAUGGGGCACCUGAGGUAAACGAGGGUGGAACUGGGAACCAAAAUGGUGCCCUGCUGUACGUGGUUGAAGCAAAGUGUGGCUCCCUCCCAUGUCCAAGUUAUGUGGAUGGCAGAGAACUGACUUGUGUUGUUUGUUCAAAGUAAAUUGCAUUGUGGUAGAUGUGAUUGUGCUGAGCUGUCUACUAUAAAGCACAUUUGUCUUGUUCUAGGCGCUUAAUGUAGUUUCGCAAAAUUUUAAAAAAAAGUUUUAUUUUGAUUGUUAUUUUAGGUCCAUACUUUUUACCCACUUUGAGCUAAGAUAAAUCAGUUGUAUUCCAUGUCAAUGAGAAUAAUAUACCAGUUCACAA